AUUCGAGCUUCGGCCGACAUGAGCAGUUCGGAAUCUCGCAAAUUUUGUUUGCUACUCUUGCUGGCGAUUGGCGUCGUAAAUGGCGUUGAUUAUCGGCUGGAUGGUAGCGUUUUACCUUCGUACUAUAACCUGACCAUCGGGGUUCUCAGAGACUCCGCCGAGCCCACGCUUUUCGAUGGCGAAGUGAGCAUUACUCUGCGUGUGGUUGGCCCACUGGAGGUGCAGCAAAUCAUUUUACACGCCGACACGCUCGACAUUUCGGAAUGCUGGCUGCUCGAUGCGGCAGGUGCGCUGCUGGAGGCCAUCGAUAUCAGCCGGCUGAUUUAUGAGGCCAGCACCCAACAGGUGAGAGUUCCGCUGACGCAGGUCGUGCAGCCUGGAAGGAAUUAUACUCUCGGGUUCAAGUACACCGGGAAGAUAAGGACCGAUAUGGUCGGUCUCUUCUCCGCCAGCUAUGAGGAGCAGGGCACCAAUGACACCAAGUGGCUGGCCCUCACCCAGAUGCAGCGCAUCAAUGCGCGGCUGGUGCUGCCCUGCUUCGAUGAGCCCGCCAUGAAGGCCAAGUUCCAGUUGCAGAUUAACCGGCCUAAUGGUUACCAGGCAAUUGCUAACACCAAGCUCAAAGAAACCACUUCGGCAAGCCAGAAUCGUUUUGUCGAUCAUUUUGAGGAGACCCCUGUGAUGUCCACAUAUUUGCUAGCUUUCAUGGUGGCCAAUUACUCUGCCCGUGGAAAUGUAAGCGAAUUUGCUGUGCUGACUCGCCCGGAAUUCUACAAUAAUACGGAGUUCAGCUAUACAGUGGGUCAGCAGGUGCUGCCAGCCUACGAUGAGUUGUUCCAGCUUCCAUAUGCAGAAUUGGGCAAUGAAGUGCUUCAAUAUGCCAGCUCUCCCAGGUUUCCUCAUAACGGCAUGGAGAACUGGGGCCUUAUUAUCUACAGCGAUGGCGUUUUGGUUCAGGAAGCUGGAUACUCCGACGAUUGGUCGAAUAAGGAGUUUGCCAUCCGCAUCAUUGCCCAUGAGACUUCGCACAUGUGGUUUGGUGACAGCGUAACCUUCUCCUGGUGGAGUUACUUCUGGCUAAAUGAAGCCUUUGCCCGCUACUAUGAGUACUUCAUGGCACAUCAACUCUAUCCCGAGUAUCACUUGGACGAGCAGUUUGUGGUGCGCCAGAUGCAGCUGAUCUUUGCAACGGAUGCCCGGAACAGCACUCAGCCCAUGACAAGUCCGGAAUCGGAGAUACAGACUCCGUCACAAAUUGCCUACAAGUUCAGUGGGAUUGCCUAUGCAAAGGGAGCUUGCAUUGUCAGGAUGUGGCGAAAUCUCAUGGGGGCGCAAAACUUUGAUACCGCCAUCAGGAAUUACUUAAAGCAAUACCACUUGACAAACACAGUACCCAAUAACUUGUUUUACCACCUCUAUGAGAACUGGCCAACGGAUCAGUAUGUGAAUCUGGAGCACUUUUUCGCCGACUACACGGAGCAGGUGGGAUAUCCCAUGCUGAUUGUGAACAUUACCCGUGGAAAUCAUUUCGUCUAUGUGGAGCAAAUGCGAUUCCUGCUAAAUCCUGGUGACGGCAGCAAUGCCACACUUAAGUAUACAGUGCCCAUAACUUAUACAACUAAUCUGGCGCCAAAUUUCGAUGACCUCACUCCGAGUAUAUAUCUACACAAGGUCGUGGACGUGCAUCAGAUGUACUUUGACGAUCCCAUUGAUUGGAUUGUGCUUAACCUUAGGCAGUCGAACUACCAACGAGUGUUGUAUGAUGAAACCCUGACGAAAGGUCUUCAGGUGGCUUUAUCUGCACCGAAUCACAGCGGAAUACCUGUAGAAAAUCGGGCCCAGAUCAUCGAUGAUCUCUUCAAUUUCGCGCAAGUUGGUUAUGUUGACUUUGCAGAGGUAUUCGAGUUCCUAGAAUAUCUGAGUAAGGAGGUGGACUAUGUGCCCUGGUAUGCUGUCUAUGAGAACCUGAAUUCGGUGGCCAAACGAUUAACACCUGAACAGCUGCCCAAUUUCCGAACAUACCUCUCCGACAUCACAAAGGCUGUGUUCGAGAAACUGGGUGUGGGUUGGAGUGCCGAGGACACUCCGCUGGAUGUGGCCAAUCGGAAUAAGUUAGUUAAAUGGCUGUGCAGAUACCAGGCCAGCGAUUGCCGGAACAAGGUUAAUGUCCACUACGUAACAUCAUCUGAGCAACCAUCGCCGGAUUAUCGGGAAACAUUCUACUGUGCAGCCAGUAGUAGCGAUUUCAAUUCGUUCACUUCGGUGUGGGGAAAGUACUACCUUGAAACUCGUCCCAGUGAGAAGAAACUCCUUUGGUCCGCUUGCAGUUGUACCGAGGAAUACGAGACCUUUUACUACAAAAUGAUCAUUACGGGGGCGGAAAAUGUUGAUCAAAAGAAAAUUGGCAUAGCCCGGUUGUAUGAGCAGAAUCCCCAUCUAGUCGAACCAAUUUUUGAAAUGGUUACCGCAAACAUCACCGAACUGGCUUUAUGUUUGGACAGCUGGUCGGAUACGGCAGCGGUGAUCAGCGACAUGGCAGAGUACUUCACCACCAGGCACCAGCAGCAGUUGUUCAAGGACUUCUACGAUGUCAAUCACCAACUCUUCGGUCAGUCGGAGGCCGUGCUCUUGAAAUCCUUGGAAGCGGUGGAGCAAAAUCUACAGUGGGCCGAGAAGCGUCUGAACAGAUUGGUCCUCUUCCUGUCCCGCAGGAAUGGCAGCUCCAGCAUGGGAGCCACCUCCAUGGUGGUGCUACUGCUGGCUGUGGCCAGUCUUUUGGCCUGGCUCUGAUUAGGUAAUAAGUUUUGCGAGGAAAUAAAGAGAUUGCCGCCGUGGUCAUGCGCUGCGGGAGAAAUGC